UGUCCAUGUCUACCAUCAUCAUUUUAGCCGGGCACUUUGCUCUUUCAAAUCCACCCCUUCUCAUUAUCUCUCUCGCCAACCCUUUCUCCCUCUCUCUCUCACUCACACACACACACACUUUUCAUGCAAUUGCAAUUAAUGCACCAUCUUCACCCCCCAACAACAAUCUUUCUGCUCCACUGCUUUUACCCCUCCUGCUAAAUUUAAAGAACUCACAUUUGCUUCAUGCAGCAAAACUCGACCUUCAAUCUCCCCGCCUGCAACAAGCAAGAGCUGUCAAAUUCCUUCUAUGUCGAGGGUUUUUGGAAAUGUUUGAUCUUUUUCUUGAAUUUGGUCGUAGAUGGCAGCUUUGAGCUUCAGAUUCCUUUUUCACGCUUUUUCUUGGAAUAGGGUUUUGAUGAAUUCAUCUGCUGUUAGCUUUUGCGUCUUGGAAUUCAAUUUUUGUAGGAUUCUGUGUUUGACGAUUUCGCUUUCGCCCAUUAUUUUUGAACUCCCUUUUUUGCUUUUGUAUUUUAUCCCAUUAGUCAAGAGAAUGAAAUUUCAAAGUUUGAACAGAUGCAUCUUUCUUCACUGCCUUCUUUUUCUUUUCCCUUUUCCCUUUUUUUCUUUAUUUUUGGUUUAGUAUCAGUAAAGCUUAAACAAUCUGGCUUGGUUACCGGUCCACGUCGUCUUCAGCUGAGUUUGAUGUUUGACUGAGAGAAAAAGGGAUCCUAGAAUCUUGCGACUCCUAACUAUCUUUUGCUUGGUCAAAUACUAUCUGAUCUGUAAAAUAUAAUUGAGAUUCUUGUAUGCCGAGAAGAAGGGGGUUGUUCUUCGAUUUAAUCCAGAUGGUCUGUUGUUUCGCGGUCUGAGAUAAUGGGGGGUUGUGUCUCGAUUAGUAGUCAGAGCACUUGUAGUAGCAGGAGUAAUGGAGAGAGGAUAUCUCCUUCAUGUUUGUGGAUAGAUAUGUUUCGGCGCAAGAGAAGUAGGAGGACCUUUUCCGACCAUGCCACCACUUUGCAACAUCUCUCCUCUGUCCCUAACAGGAUAAUCACCAACGGGAGGAGCAGCAGUUCUUGCAUAUUCACUCAGCAAGGCCGGAAAGGCAUAAACCAGGACGCUAUGAUUGUGUGGGAAGAUUUUAUGGCAGAAGAUGUUACCUUCUGUGGCGUCUUCGAUGGCCACGGCCCCCACGGACAUCUGGUGGCUCGUAAAGUUAGGGAUACACUGCCGCUAAAGCUCUCCUCUUUUAUGAACUCCUCUGAAUCAAAGAAGAAUGGUUCGAGUGCGAAUUGCUGCAAUGGGAAUGUGAAGUCAGAUGUGGUAGAUCCCGUGAAGGAUACACCUGUCGAGGAUAGAGUGGAGUCGUCGUGGAGAGAAGCUUUUCUGAAAGCAUACAAGUCGAUGGACAAAGAGUUGAGGUCCCAUCCUAAUUUGGAUUGCUUCUGCAGUGGCAGCACCGCUGUGUCGGUUAUAAAACAGGGUCAAAAUCUUUUCAUUGGCAAUAUUGGUGAUUCAAGAGCAAUAUUGGGAUCUAAAGAUAGCAACGAUUCGAUGGUGGCAAUCCAAUUGACAGUUGAUCUAAAGCCUGAUCUGCCUAAGGAGGCGGAAAGGAUAAAAAGGUGUAAAGGUCGAGUUUUCGCUUUACAAGAUGAGCCUGAAGUGCAAAGAGUUUGGCUGCCAUUUGAUGAUGCCCCUGGUUUAGCAAUGGCUCGAGCGUUUGGGGAUUUUUGCUUGAAGGAAUACGGAGUUAUCUCCAUUCCUGAAUUCUCUCAUCGGACUCUUACUGACCGAGACAAAUUUGUUGUUCUUGCUUCAGAUGGGGUAUGGGACGUCCUAAGCAACGAGGAGGUGGUCGAGAUAGUAUCAUCGUCCCCAACGAGGUCCUCAGCUGCUCGGAUCCUAGUCGAGCACGCCGCCCGUGAAUGGAAGGCCAAGUAUCCGACAUCGAAGAUGGACGACUGCGCCGUGGUCUGCUUGUUUCUAGACGGGAAGAUGGACACAGAGUCCGACUACGAGGAGCAGGGCUUCUCCUCGGCAACCCUCCAGAGCAACCAUUCCGGCAACGUCGUGGAAUCGGACGACGGUGGCCAGCAUCCCGAGCCGUGCCUGCAGCGGAACUUCACCGUCAGGUCGGCGGAGGACAACGAGCACUACAGCAGGGUGUCGGUCGAGGCGGACAACGGGGAGAACGCCGGUGGCGGCGAGGAUCAGAACUGGUCGGGUUUGGAAGGUGUGACGAGAGUGAACUCUCUUGUUCAGCUUCCUAGAUUCUCCGAAGAGAGGCCGAGGCCAUAACGACGUCGUUUUGAUUGAUCGUCGGAGUUGUAACUUGUAACACUGCUGUGUUAUGUUGUCUGAAAAAUCAAGAAAUGUGUUCUAUUUUUAUUUUUUAUAAGAUUGGAUAAAAUCUUAUUUAUGAUUCUUGCAUAUAUUUUGGUCAGUUGAAAUCCGUGUUACUUUUUCA